AUGGAUACCGGAUUCUUGCACGUGAAAGGCGAUACUAUCGUUGACGGCAAUGGGGAGGGGGUUGUCAUGAGAGGAGCUGCCCUUGGAGGAUGGAUGAAUAUGGAGAACUUCAUCACAGGCUUCGCAGGCCACGAAGCCCAGCACCGCGCCGCCAUGCGUCGAGUCCUAGGACAAGAGAAAUACGAAUUCUUUUUCGAUAAAUGGCUCGAGUACUUCUUCACCGAGGCGGAUGCCAAAUUCUUCGCCGAACUAGGUCUGAACUGUCUGCGUCUGCCUUUCAACUACCGCCACUUCGAGGACGAUAUGAACCCGCGUGUGUUGAAGGAAUCAGGGUUCAAGCACUUGGACCGAGUUGUCGACCUGUGCGCAGCACACGGUAUCUAUACCAUCCUGGACAUGCACGCCGUCCCAGGUGGCCAGAACCCAGAUUGGCACUCCGACAAUCCCACCGCAUAUGCCGCUUUCUGGGAUUACAAGGACCACCAAGACCGGACUAUUUGGCUCUGGGAACAAAUCGCCACCAGAUACAAGAAUAAUCCUUGGGUUGCUGGGUACAACCCGCUCAACGAGCCAUGCGAUCCCGAGCAUGUGCGGCUGCCCGCAUUCUAUGCUCGUGUUGAAAAGGCGAUUCGCAAGAUUGACCCAGAUCAUAUCCUGUGGCUAGAUGGGAAUACAUUCGCAAUGGAAUGGAAGGGAUUCAACGAGGUGUUGCCGAACUGCGUGUAUGCCAUGCAUGAUUACUCGUCAAUGGGUUUCCCCACCGGCGAUCGGUACAAGGGCACAGACGAACAAAAAGAACGCCUUGAACGCGUGUACCUGCGCAAAGCACAGUUCAUGAGCGAGAACAAGACCCCCGUAUGGAACGGGGAGUUCGGUCCUGUCUAUGCGGACCAGGUAUUCGACGUCGAUGCCGAGACUGUAAACCAGGAGCGAUACAAUCUCCUCGGUGACCAGCUGCGCAUUUACGAUAAGUAUAACAUCAGCUGGUCGAUCUGGCUCUACAAGGACAUUGGUCUGCAGGGUAUGAUCUAUACUAAUCCUGAAAGCAAGUGGAACAAGACGCUCAAGCCAUUCCUGGACAAGAAGAGGGCCUUCUGGCUUGAUAAAUGGGGCCGUCGGCCUCAGUCUGAGCCUGAGGCGGCUUUGAGGCCUUUGCUCGACUGGAUUGACCGUGUUAGUCCUACUGCUAAGGAUACUUAUCCCACCUCGUGGAAUACGGAGUUGCACGUCAUGCGGAGUGUCUUUUACACUUUCUUGGCAGCUUCGUUCGUGGAUGAGUUUGCUGAAUUGUUUAGAGGAAGCAGUGAGAAGGAUUUGGAAGAGUUGGCUAGGAGUUUCCACUUUGAGGCUUGUGUGCAGAGAGAGGAGGGAUUUGACAUGGCUGAAUCUCCUGUGUACCCGUCCAAUUUGGACAGCAUCUUUGAUGCCAGUUCACCUCUCAAGGACCGUAUCGAUCCAAUCCGAUUGACGUCAGACAACAUCCUCCCGAUCCUCAAUCUGCCCCUCAGUCACAAGGUGCUGGGUCACGAUGCCUCAGAAGAGUCUCUUGCACAGGUUGCAAGCGGCGAGAUCUCAUAUACUACCUUCGUUGCCGAUCAGGCCCGCGCCGCCCUUAAGUCUAGCGAUGACUUGACCACCGAACAAAAGCAAUCGCAACUCCUGCACCUUGGACUAGCCGCCUUGUUCAGCUUCCUGCAGUCUAACGUCACUGGCCCUCCCCUCGAAUACCGCUCAGCCGAAGCUGUGUUGCCUUCUAGCUUGCGAAUCGAACCUACAACCCUGAAAGCCGUGCGGGCAAAGAUCAUCCGUGACCUAACCCUGGACGGAGAAUAUGCCUACAAGCUCACACCCAACCCUGAAUUGUUUGCUGUCGCCAAGGCUUUGUUGGCCGAUGCGAGUAGCGAGGGACCGCUUGUGGCAACGACUGCGCGUAUGCGUACCAACUUCCUUCACCAAAAGAUGCUUUCUGAGGUCACGAGUACUCUCCAGGAUGUGAUCUACAAGGAUGUUGAGAUUCUGGACAAGGCUGAGCUGAACCCAGACGAGAGGAGUCGGUUCCUGCUGGAAAGGGCCACUAUCCACACUCACCACGGGUUUGAUGUCAAGGCACGGGAAGAUAUUGAUCAGGCGGCCAAGGUGCGGAGGUUCGAGUUCGCGCUGACUGGAAAGAUGGGCAAGCGCACAAAAUUCCAAGACCGUGAUAUCAGUCAGUUGGUCGUGUUGGCCAAGAGUGCUGAUGAGAUCCCACAAUCUUCGGAGCCUUCUGGACCUAAGAACUUGAAUUUGGACGACGACACCCUUCUUGAGGCCAUCUCUUUCUCAGACCAAAAGCCCGACGAACAAUCCCUGGCAAUUCAGGAUAAGGUUUCCGCAACUUUGGAUGCCAUUGAUGCCAAUAACCAGCCCAUUCUUCACCCCGUUGACUCUGCUCUCCUACUCGCACUUGCAUCUGCCAUUACUAACACCUCACCCGAGAACGGCCUUACCCGAGAGGAGACAAACCCGUACGCCACUCGAGUGCUCGAUGGCGGCAGCUCCAACUGGCAGAUCUAUACCCAAGCACUUCUCGUCCGCAGUCGGGUAGAGGGAUACCGUUCCCGUACUGUUGAGAGAGCUGUGCUGCAGAUGCAGGCUUUGGUCGACCAGGUCAUUGCGGACACCGCAACUAGCGACGACGCAGCUCAGAAUGAAUCAGGCGACCCUACAACCUUCCUGCCACGCCCUGAGCAAUCCGAGUCUGCCCCGGCCGCUGACCGACUCGAGCACAUCUGGAUCUUGAACUUCUCAACACGCUGGAGCCUCGAGGCCGAGCUUGCCAAGCGCUGGGUUGAUCUCGGUGGUCUGCGCACCGCGCUCGAGAUCUACGAGAGACUGCACAUGUGGGCCGAGGCAGCGCUUUGCUACGCCGCCACCGAGCGCGAAGACAAGGCGAAGAACGUCAUCCGCCGCCAGCUUUACCAAGCCACCGGCCCAGAUGAAAAUGAUGAAAAUGAGCAAUUUAACGGACCAGAGCGGUCACCACUGCCAGUAGAUGCCCCACGUCUGCUCUGUAUCAUGGGAGAUAUCGACAAAGACGAAAAGAUGUACGAGCGCGCCUGGGAGGUCUCCGGCGAGCGAUACGCCCGCGCCCAGCGCUCUCUAGCCCGCCACUACCUCACCUCCACACCCCCGCAAUUGGAAAAGGCCGAGGAAGCCUAUAAGAAGAGUCUGCAUAUCAACCGUCUCAACCAGGGCGCAUGGUUCGCUCUCGGCUGCGUGCAGCUCGAGCUCCAGAAAUGGCAAGAAGCAACCGACACCUUCACCCGCACUGUGCAACUCGAUGACACCGACGGCCAGGCCUGGAGUAACCUUGCCGCCGCGAUGCUACGCAUGCCCGACCCCGAGCCCGCCCCAGAGGUGAUCGACGAUUCCACCGGCGAGGUCUCCGUCGCCGAAGUCGAUCCCCACAAGCGCAAGCGCGAGGCCCUAUCAGCCCUCCAGCGCGCAGCGCAACUCAAGGGCACUGACGCCCGCAUUUGGGAUAACGUCCUGACAGUCGCAGCGUCCAUCCCACCGCCGGAAACACCAUUCCGUGAAGUGAUCACCGCGCAGAAGCGCAUCAUUGAGCUUGCUGGCCCGAAGCAGGGCGAGAAGUGUGUCGAUGUGGCGAUCUUGGGCAUGCUCGUUGAUUUCCUGAACGUGGCGUUCGAGUAUGAGGACUUACUUAUUCGCACUGACGAUCCAUCUGAAGCCCCGAUUGUCCGCACCGGUACUAUCCCCGGUCAGAUCAUCUCGCUGGUUGAUCAGAAUGUCGUCCCGCUUAUCACGCACUCUUCGGUGCUGUGGCAGAUUGUUGCUCGCGUUGAAGUCUUCCGUGGUCGGCCUUCCAAGGCGUUCGAGUGUCACGAGAAGGCAUGGCGCGCUACUGUUGCUGCUAAUGCCCAGGGUGCUUUCCAGAUGGGUGAUGAGAAGCCCUGGCUCGAGGUUGUGAAGGCCACAGAGAAGCUUGUGAGGGAUGGAUAUGCUAAGUUUGGUCCCAUGGACCGUGAAGAUCAGAAGGUUGAGGAUGGCCAGGAGGCUGAGCUUGUCGCGAAGGACUGGCGGUUCAAGUCUCGAAGUGCCGUGAGAGGAAUCAUGGGCAAGGGAAAGGACUUCUGGGAUGGCACGGAAGGCUGGGACCGCUUGAAGCAAUUGCAGUCUGAGGUUACGGGAAAUUAG